GCCUGCUCUAGCUUCUUUUUUCCUCGGCGGAGGCCAUGAUGGGAGCCUGAUCUCAGCUGGAACGACAAAAAAAGAAAGAUGAUUCACCGGGACGGAGCUGUCAAGACAAUCUGUGCAUAUUGCUGAUCUUUGUAUAGUCUGUAUACAUCUACGGUGGAGCCUGUCACUUUUUUCCUCCAGCAGUGUUCUCGGCGAGCGUUCAGUGACAAUGUUGAAUCGUUAGCAGGCUUUUUUUGGAUCGAAAAAAAGGAGCUAGCUGUUGUGGCUACCUAGAAAGCUAGCUAGCGAGCUAGCAAGCGAGCCCACCAGUCCGAGUGUUUUUUUGGGGGGGGUGGGGUGGGGGGUGGGGGGGGUUCUCGCACCGGCAUUCAGCCUCUUGUUUGGACCGAACGUGACAUCUUGAAGGCUUGUUUUUGUGGACAACUGCAUGUGUUUGACUGGGAAGUAUUGGCACGAUCGGGAUUGGGAAGAGUGGGGCCUGCACCGAGGAAAAGCAGCGCAAAGGCCCGUCUUUAUGCUCCGGAGGAAGCCUGUCUAAUCCUCGCCACAACCACUGUUAGCUCGCUGAGAGCUGCCGCGCAGACUACAUUUAAAAAAAAAAAAAAAAAACACAAAACAAAAGCUGCUUUCAUCACUUAUUCGUUAUAGACUCCUGUCAGCCGCAAUGACUGCCAUUAUUAAGGAAAUAGUCAGCCGGAACAAAAGGAGAUACCAGGAGGACGGCUUCGACCUGGACUUAACAUAUAUCUAUCCAAACAUCAUCGCCAUGGGCUUUCCUGCAGAGCGACUUGAAGGCGUGUACAGAAACAAUAUAGAUGACGUAGUACGGUUCUUGGAUUCAAAGCAUAAAAACCAUUACAAAAUCUACAACCUCUGCGCAGAAAGACACUACGACGCCGCCAAAUUUAACUGCAGAGUUGCACAGUACCCCUUUGAAGACCACAACCCCCCUCAGCUGGAGCUCAUCAAGCCCUUUUGCGAAGACCUGGACCAGUGGCUCAGCGAGGACGACAAUCACGUGGCGGCCAUCCAUUGUAAGGCUGGGAAGGGCCGCACGGGAGUUAUGAUCUGCGCCUAUCUCCUGCACCGUGGCAAGUUCCUGGAGGCCCAAGAAGCGCUCGACUUUUACGGCGAAGUCAGGACAAGGGACAAGAAGGGGGUGACCAUCCCGAGCCAGCGCCGCUACGUCUACUACUACAGCUACCUACUGAAGAACCAGCUGGAGUACAAACCCGUGGCGCUGCUCUUCCACAAAAUGGUGUUUGAGACGCUCCCCAUGUUCAGCAGCGGCACCUGCAGGGACAGUACUGUUAAAAACAGGAGCGAGCCGACCCCUCAGGGCUUCAAGAAAGGGAAUUGGCAUUGGGAUCCCCAGUUUGUGGUAUACCAACUCAAAGUAAAGAUCCACACGUCCAACCCCACCCACACUCGGCGCGAGGACAAGCACAUGUUCUUCGAGUUCCCGCAGCCGCUGCCCGUCUGCGGCGACAUCAAGGUGGAGUUCUUCCAUAAGCAGAACAAGAUGAUGAAGAAGGACAAAAUGUUUCACUUCUGGGUGAACACCUUUUUCAUCCCCGGGCCGGAGGAGAGCGUGGAAAAGCUGGAGAACGGUGCCCUGAACAACGUGGAGAGCCAGCAGCGGGCAGGGGGUUCUGGGGGCCAGGCCCCGCCAGUGAGUGUGGAGUGCAGGGACGGCGACGGGGACUUCCUCAUCCUGACGCUGACUAAAAACGACCUGGACAAGGCCAACAAAGACAAAGCUAACCGCUACUUCUCACCAAACUUCAAGGUGAAGCUAUAUUUCACCAAGACGGUGGAGGAGCCUUCGAAUUCGGAGGCGAGCACUUCGACAUCCGUGACACCGGAUGUGAGCGACAAUGAGCCAGACCAUUAUCGAUACUCGGACACCACUGACUCUGAUCCGGAAAAUGAACCUUUUGACGAAGAGCAGCACACGCAAAUCACUAAAGUGUGACGUGGGAGGAGAAGGAGAAGGAAUGCUACACCAGGAAACAAAAGGAGAACACUUGAAUAGAAACUUAAGAAGAACCUUUUUGACCCGUCCCAUCCAUCUUCCCCCCCCGGCAAUAGAAUAUCAUCAUGUCAAAUGCCAAUUUUAGGGAGAACAGAUGACUAUCCUGACCAAUAUUGUUAUUUUGUUUCUUUUUCAUGAGUUUGGCACGGCCGUCCACCACGUGUGAGCUGUUGACACUGUUGGCCAAUAGGAGGAGGAGCUGUACACCUACAUGUGCACGUGUAUACGUGUACAUCUACACGUAUACAUGUACACAUACUGCAUAUACGUACAUCUACACGUACACGCGCAUACGUGUACAUGUAUGUGCAGAUACCUAUAGCGUAUGUGCAUAUAAAAAGAAAAGAGCAGCACAAUGAGGAGGCUGUGGUGGGACGAUGCUCCUUAUGUGCAAAGCAAGGCCAGAGCACUCCUCAUCCUCAUCUUUUACUCUUCAUCCUCCUUUACUGUGAAUGCUUCUUGUGCUCUUUGCUGGCUGGAUCACAUGACUUUAGGCCUUUCGUGCAGCGCAAACUGCAUGCCUUGCCCGGGUUUUAUUAGGGGGGAGGUGGGGGGUUGUGAAAAUGUCUAAAAAGCAUUGCCAUUCCUGUUCCCACUGUGUAUACCUUUAAAUUAUGCAGAACAAGACAUCCCAUGUAAUUGUUCAUGUUUUUUUAUCCUAAAAUAAUAAAAAUAUCAUACACAAAACAAUCAGCACCACACUUUCAUCCCAAACGUAUGCAAGCGUGCAGGCUACAUGCACAUAACUUCCUGCCAUCAGAGGUUAGCAAAACAGUGGCGUCUUCAUCAUCAUCAAAGUCUGGACCUCGAACACACUGAGUGAUCUAACAACUUUGUCUUUCAAGCUGAGCUAACAACCAGCUGGACCAUUUUUGGUGCUCCCCAAAUCAGAACAAGGAUUA